AUGGUUCCCGCCGACUCGACUCCUAUCACGGCCACUUCAUCUUCGCCAUCUCAAUCCUUUAAUUCUUCGUCCCCGGCGGAUCUUCACUACGCCUUUCUCGUUCAUUCACAAAAGACACUGACUCAGAACCUUCCGCCUCGCGUCGACAAUAAGAUACUAGCGCGCCAGAAAAGGCGGCGUACAAGUCCUGAAGACCAUGCCAUUCUCGAGGCCGAAUACAAAAAGAACCCGAAGCCAGAUAAAGUCUCUCGAGCAAGUAUAGUUAGCCAGGUUUCGCUAGGUGAAAAAGAGGUUCAGAUUUGGUUCCAGAACAGACGUCAGAAUGACCGUCGAAAAUCGAAGCCGCUCGAGCCACACGAAUUAGUACGGCCUCCUGCUUUGGAUGGUGUCUCGAAUGGCUCCCCGACUAGUGAUGGUACAAGUUCUCCUCGCAACGGCGAACAGGCCGAACAGCCAGAGGGGAACGUUAGGAGGGACGAUGAGGACGCGCUCGCAGAUCCGUCGAGCAACACUGAUGAUGAUGAGUUGGAAACCUCAAUGGCAGCCGGCUCUUUGAACCCGGAGACUUCUUUCUCGUCACUUGACUCGGCUGAUAUUGAGAACCUGGACACUUCGAGGGACAUUACCGGCUUAGGCAUACAAGUGAACGGAAAGAAACGACGACUUUCGGACAUUGGAGCCUGCCAUGGAGAACACAAUGGACAACUCUGUCAAGAAGAAAUCAGAUCUCCGCCGUCGCUUCGGAUAUCAAUGUCGUUCGACGGCGAAGCUCUUCUCAGGAAAGAGGGGGAGCCCACUCCAUCGCCACCAAAGGCUCGCACAGCAGUGAGAAUUUCCCUAUCUUCGGAUGGCGAGGCUCUCAUCCGCACCCAAGAUGAACCGUCCCCAUCGAAAAACCGCUUGCGAUUUGUUCCUGGCCGUGUGCCACGCCAAACUAGCUUACGCAGAAGUGUCAGCGCAAUCAAUUUUGGGACACCCGGAGGUAGCCCAUUGGCUCGAGAAGGGAACGGUAUGAAACCGUUCGGUCGAUCUCGCGAUGCACGCAUGUGGGAGACUUAUUGUGACAAUGACGCACGAAGCGCUCUAUCAACACCACUCAGCUCUCAGCCGUCUAACAGUACUAGGACACCGGGCCUCUAUCGCUCUGGUAGCCAUCGGUCUGCCGCUCGCCACUCACUCUCGAAGCCGAACUUUUCGUCUCCAGCGAUCGGCACGAAUAAUCAACCAGACGUGGUCGAGGUGUCGAGAGAGAAGAGGCGGAAACUGUCCCGCACGUUGUCAUCUCUCGGACGACUCGAGUCCGUUCAGAAAGCAAGCCACCUGGCGCACGACUCGAACGGUGGCUUGAAGUCAUUUCACAAGGCUGGUAAAGAAGGCGUUGAGCGAGGGGAUCUGGAGGCGGGGGAUUCGGAUAAAGAGAACUGGGUUCCAGGAACCUAUCGUCGACCAGACCCACGUCGUCAUCAAAGAGCAAAGUCUCAUACGCAACGGUCCGUUCUCAAAGAAAAUGGCAUUCGCAAGAAUACCGUUGUCGAUGACCUCGCAUUGACCAAGCAUGGCCGAUUAUAUCGUGGCCCGCGGGGCACUAAGGAUGUGAGAAACCCGUCACAAACCGCAGCCAAACUGGAUGCCGAAGUCGCGGCUUUCAUGACCAAGACCGGUUCCUCGAGCCGCGAAGAAGAUCUUGACUUCUUGACAGGAGAAGAUGAAGUAGCGAUGCCGGUAGAAGAAGCCGGGCUGAGAGCUUUGCUGGAUGAUUUUGAGCCAGCGCCGGGGCCCGAGCCAGUGUUAGAUCCAGAACCGGAGCCGAAGCCGGAACCAGAGCCAGUGCUGGAACCUGAGCCAGAGUUAGAUCCUGAUCCUGAUCCUGAACCAGUGCCAGUGCCAGAGCCAGAGCCAGUACUGGUACUUGAGCCAGAGUUAGAUCCUGAUCCUGAUCCUGAUCCUGAUCCUGAACCAGAGCCAGUGCUGGAACCUGAGCCAGAGUUAGAUCCUGAUCCUGAACCUGAACCAGAGCCGGUGUUGGAGCCAGAGCCAGCGUUAGAUCCUGAGCCCGAACCUGGAGCUGAACCAGUGCUCGAACUUGAGCUGGACGUCGAAGUUGCCUGGGCUGCGGUAACAGGACACACUGUAGUGGACACAAUUAUAGUCUCGGUAGUAACAUAG